CUUUACUCAUUUUUGAGCACAGGAUAUGAUGAACGUGAUAGAAAAUAGCAAACAAAUGAAAAGAAAAGUAAUCAACGAAGUUACCAAAACUAACGAAGAAAGCAAAAACGAUGUAGAUAGUAAAGAUGUAAGUGGUGACACAAAUAAUGGAGUAAAAGAGAAAAGGAGUAAGAAGGGAAAGAAAAAGAAAAAGAAAAAGAACAAGAAUAAAGUCGAAACGGCUGAAGCAAAGCCAAACGAACCAAACGACAAGGAAAGUAACGACGGUCAACAAGCAGGAGAAGAUAUCGUGGAAAUCGGACCGACAGAUACACAGGAAAAGAAGAAACGAAAACUCCCUUGCAUAUUUGGGUUUGUCGCUACAUGGCUUGCCAAAAGGAAAGAGUGAAGGAGAGAAAAGAAAAGAAGAGCCAUUGGAGCAAGGUCGUCCCACACUCCCAUCGAGUCAUUAGUUGAGUACGAGCACAAGCUGGCGAAAGGAGGCGUGGCGUUCACUGUGGAAGUUGACAGUAGACCUAUGAGAAAGCCUGUACUUCCACCAAUCAAGCCCCGCCAAGGACCCGUCAUGCAAGGAAUGGACGAGAAAUUGAGACAUGCUGAACAGAAAAGAAUGGAAGAACUUGCAAAGAAGAAACUGGCUGCCAAAGAAACUGACAGAAAAAUAGCCGAAGUUCAAGAGAGGAAAACAGAAUCAGAAUAUCAUUUCAAGCAAAAGGCUCAUCUUACAAUAAGAUACAAGCAAUUUGGUGCAGAGAAAAACCGUGCUCGUCUGCAAGAAGAUCGUCGCUGUUCCUCUCCAGUGCUCCGAGCACCAUCCACACUGCCACCACUACGUAACGUCAGGGUCAAACCAUCCACCAAGGGCAGGCCGGCCGGGUCUCCUACCACCGAAGACCCUGGCAGUGAAUUGUUCAAUUUCUAAAUAGCAAGCCGACCGACUCCCGCCAAAAUGGUAGACCUUAGAAGAUGAUGAUACUGGCCUUUUGAUACAUAUUUUAAUUGAUUUUAAGGAUCCAGGUUUUAUGACUUUUCACAGCAUUUUUGAUAUUUUGAAGGUUUGUCCACAGACUGAUUUUGCAACAAUUUGGUACUCGUUAGAUACACGUACAAACAUGCAAAAUUUACUUCCAUAACACACCUACGCUUCCUUGCCUAAAUGAUUGGAGGUCAAUGGAUUUGUAAAUGACACAAAAUCUAUUCUGUAGGACGUAUGUUCUGUUAUGAAAUUUUCAAGUUUUUGCAGGAAAAAACUAUUUCCUGUGGACAGGAGUUCAUGGAUCAGAGAUUUUAACGGAUACAAUAUAUAUGGAAUUGUUAUUUCUUCGCUUGGGUUAUGCUUUGUGGAUUGACGCUGCCACUCAAUCCACGAAAAAGAGCUAGCCCUUCGAGCUAUAAUGAUUCCAUAUAUAUGUUACUUAUAUUAGUGUAUCAUUCACAUAGGCUACAUGUGUAGUUUCUGUCCCUGUGCGUGACACGCAUCCGUAUCUUUUACAGUUUAUAUCUUUUAAUAAGUUCUCUUACUCAUUUAGAUUGAAUUUCGUGGUUGAUGCUACCACUCAUUCCACGAAAAAUUAAUCCGCACGAAACAUAAUGGCUUCUCACGACGUUGCUAAGUUCGUCCGUAACACAGGCUACAUUAACUCUCUGUCCCUGUGUUUAAAACUUUCACCCUCAGCAUCUUUGAUAGUUUCUGUUCUUAUUAAUGUAAGAUGGGAUUUAAAAAAACGUGGAUUGACGUAACAACUCAAUCCACCAAAAAAAAAUAUGCGUCUAUAAUUAGUUCAAAGUACACGGCCGAUACAAGAGUUUAAAAAAACAACAAUAUCUGUUUAUAGAAAUUCGAACAAUCAUGACAUGUGUAUGUCUAUACAAAAAAAAAAAAUUGUGCGCUACAUGCCACAUUCAAACUCAAAAUGUGUACAUUGUAUAUGAAAGUAAAACUAAAAUGUUUAAAUAUGUCGACCAGUAGUGGUGCAUUCAAAGGUGGACUAACAUUUCUUUCAGAAGCUGGUGUUUCUAAUAAAAAGUAUUAAAUUUUGAGAAAGAAAACCUUUUACAUUGUAUCAUAAUUAUCAAUCAGCGUAGCCUAUGAAGAUUUUACUUUUCAGUUUAUGUUUAGAAUAUUUAUCCACACCGAUAUCAAAGCAAUUUUAACCAUUUUAAGAAAUUAUUACGUGGCCAUGUUCAUUCAGUCAGGUCUACCAUGACAGCGGGAAGUCGGUCGAGCUUUUUUGGCUUAAAAUCUAAUUUGUCUAACAGAAAUCGAAAAAUUUUGUUAUCAUAAUAACAAAAGAACAAAUAGGAUAUUAUAUUUUGAAAUUUUAAAUAAAUUUUUCAA